UGCACCGAGUCCCCAGACUAAAGCAGUCGAACCCAGGAGACUCAUACCUGCAGCAAGAAGACAGAACCUAAAGUUCCCUGAGGAACCGGAGGUGCCUUUCUGAAGCUGGCUGGAUGGCAACCCCAAAACUGAAAUUUGGGGUAAAAACUGAGGUUCCAGAGGAGAAAGAGGAAUACGAGACGCCCAGCAAUUACGAGCUGGAGAAACUGCUAACUCAUGGCAGUGUCGCAUACACACACGUCAAUGAGGUCUGGCCUAAUGUCUUUAUAGGAGACGAGGAGACAGCCCGGAAGCGCCAUGGUCUGCAGAAAAUGGGUGUGACACACAUAUUGAAUGCAGCGGAGGGUGAGAGGAACAGUGUGUGUACGGGAGCGAGCUACUACACGGAUGUGAACAUGGAAUAUUUUGGAAUUGAAGCGGAGGAUAUUCCCUCUUUCAACCUCAGCCAGUAUUUCUUCUCUGCAGCAGAGUACAUGCAGCAGGUCCUCAGCAAUCCAAACAAUAAGCUGCUGGUGCAUUGUGUAAUGGGCCGCAGUCGCUCGGCCACGCUGGUCCUGGCCUACCUGAUGAUCCAGGAGAAAAUGACUCUGGUAGAAGCCAUCAAUCAGGUGAAGCAGCGCAGACGGAUCAUCCCCAACUGGGGCUUCCUGAAGCAGCUAAGAGAGCUGGACAUCUUCCUGCAGGAGCAGAGGAAUGAGCAAACGGAAAGCCAUAGCACAGAUAACCACAGCACAGAGACUGGAGUUACACACAGACAUACUGACUGACAGCACAGUCUGCCAAUUACCCAACCCACUCAUUAGGACUCCCCCUAUCACUCGUAAGGCCCCAACACACCAGGAGGGUGAAGACUAGCACAUGCCUCCUCCGAUACAUGUGAAGUCAGACACAGCUUCUUUGCAAACUGCUGCUGAUGUAGAAUUGCCAAAUAGCAUCACAGCGCACUCGGAGGAAAGCGCAGCGACUCGGUUCCGAUACAUCAGCUCACAGAUGCCCUGUGCUGUGGACAUCACCCUGGGAGUAAUGUGGGGAGAGAGCGCCAUCUAACCACCUGGAGCAAGGCAGGGCCAAAUUUGCUCCCUCUGAGCGCCGGCAGCUUGAUGGCAAAGCUG